CUAGUUUGCAAAAUUUUCUGUAGAUGGCAAACAACAACAACCCUUUCAACCUGCGUUACAUCCUGGAAAACAACAAGUUAUCCGGGACCAACUUUCUUGACUGGGAGAUGAACCUCCGGAUCGUUCUUGACUGUGAGAGGAAACUCUACAUCCUCGAAACGGAUCCUCCCAAGACCCCUGAUGCUGAUGCUUGUGUGUUCGAACUCACUUCCUACAAGAAGUAUGAGAACCACGCGCGAGAUGUAAAGUGUAUCAUUAUGGCCAGUAUGACCGCGGAGCUCCAAAGGCUCCAUGCGGACAUGGAAGUGCGUCCUAUGAUAAAAUGCUUAAGAGACCUUUACCAGGGUCAGCCCCAAAACUCAGGAGUUUACGUUAUCGAAGUCAAUAUGUCUGAUAUCACCUCUUGGGUGGUGGAUACUGGAUGUGGUUCUCACAUCUGUACUUCUAUGCAGAACUUGCAUGAAUGUAGACAAUUGACGGAGGGAGAGAUACAACUAAAAGUCGGCAAUGGCGCACUCGUCUAUGCAUUGGCCGUCGGAACCUAUAGUUUAUCUCUACCUAGUGGUCUUAUAUUGCAUUUGAAUAAUUUUCUGUUUGUACCUAGUAUGAGCAGAAACAUCAUUUCUGUAUCCUGCCUUGACAAAGCAGGAUUUUCGUUCGUUGUAAAAGACAAAACUCUUUCUGUCUUUAGAAAUGAUAUAUUUUAUGCAAGUGCAAAAAUGACCAACGGUCUCUAUGUCCUUGACAUGGAUACCGCAAUAUAUAACGUAGAUGUUAAGAGAAACAAACCUAACAGUUUGAAUCUUGCGUACCUUUGGCAUUGUCGUUUGGGCCACAUUAACGAGAAACGCAUAU